AUGUAUAUGCAACAUAAUGAAAACUAUUUCAUCCCACGAGGAGGCGAUCGUCGUAACAUCGGUGGGAAAAUUGCCAAUAAAAUAGGCAAUUUGAAACAGAAGAGAAGAAGAAACGACGUGAGAGAAGAAGCGCACUUGAAAAAGCUCAAACCUGAUGAAUCCGGUGAAGAUACCGUUGACGAAAUGUCAAGAGAAGCUGAAGAAUGGCUUGCUUUGAAUAAUAGUCCAUGGUCCACAGUACUUGACAAAUGGAAUGCAAGCUUCACUUCACGUAAGCGGUUGCUGUCAAAUAGGAAAUCAACUGUAAAAAUCAUCAAAACCUACAGUCACUACAAACAAGCAUACGGUUUUCAACUGAUUGAUGCUGACUUUCGACUUCUGUCGCUUGGACAAUCGUAUGGUUUGCAAACAUUGGCCACUAAUCGCCCUGCAUUGAUCUCCUACAUAUCCAAAAAGGCAUUGGAUCUAUCAGCUGAAAAUCUGUUGAAGCUAUUGACGAGUUGCUCUACAAGUGAAAAUACCAGGCAUUGUGCUCUCUUGUUAGCUUUGCAUACAGUAUUACCACCUAUUGCAGCAGGAGCACGAUACAAACCUACAGUUUGUGUAGCCCAAGAAGAUACAGUUGUAUUUGCAACUUCUCUGGAUGAAGCAAAAGGGAAAGUAGAAAACAUUUAUUCAGGAUACGAGGAACGAAAUCUACCACUUGUCCCAAAACUAAUGUUCAUUGGAUCGGGGGUAACCCAGAUUGACGGUCCUUUCUACGUGUAUUAUGGUGACAUAUGCUACGAGUUGGACUCAGCAGCGCGAGCGACGGACGUACUUUUGAAACUGUCAUCUGUUUUCGGGCUACCAUUCUCUAAACUGUCGAAGCUAGUUUGGCAGUUUCUUAGCUGUUAUGUUUAUCGAGUCUCUCAUCGUGAAACAUAUGCAGCAAUAAACCGACUGACGAGAUUCCUUGAUUUAUACCAUAAAUAAUUUCAUAUGAAAAUGAUCCCUUGUAUGCUAACCAAUUGUAAUGCUUGCUUUUUCGACGUGAACGUCUACUUGGACCAUUUGAAAAAUGUACACGUAGUCCCAACAGCUUACCGUUAUCGAUGUACAGUACCACAUUGCUCUCAAAUAUUUUCUAUGUUUUACCCAUUUAAAAAGCACAUAACGAAGCAUUUACUGUCAACCGAUCCGUCCCAUACUAAUAUUCAGGAGCAGAAUGAAUUAAGUUAUGAUAACAGGGAACAAACUGUACAAAAUGGUAAUAGCCAAAUACCUAGUAAAAAGCAAAAGAUGGAGGACGAUACAAGUAGCGAUUUAAAUGGAAUUUCUUAUUGUUAUAAGGCAAUUGAUGAAAAAUCUGUUAAUUUCACAUUGGGCAUGCACAUGAAAAAUAACAUGACCCGCAAAGAUGUCUAUGAAAUUCAAGAUCAAGUGUCUGAAAUAUUCAGAGAAGUAGCUUGUCAAUUAGAGCAACUUGAUGUGAAGUUUGAUGAUCCAGAGAUAGAAUUUAGUUUUAAGUGCUACCUAGUUAAACUUAAGCAAAUGUUUUCGUUUAUAAGUUCUGAUCAUAAAUUUUUUAAGCAUCUACGCAUUAAUGGAGGAUUUCAGUUGCCAGUAAUGAUAUCUAUUGAAAACGACAAUAUCAACCGAAAACCAGUUGAUGUAGUGAAUGAAGCAGAUAUUGACACAAUCGCUAGUUACUUGAUGCUAAUGCCUAUUGAUUAUCAAAUUAAAUCUUUUUUCGAAUGCGAUGAUUUGCUAGAACAAACCAUUACAAAUACGAACAAAUUAGAAAAGACAUCUAUCAUUACCAAUUACGUUUCUACUUGCAAAUGGAAGGCAAUUAAAGAAAAGUAUAAGGAAGAUAUCGUCAUUCCAUUAUGGUUUUACAGUGACGAGUUUGAGGUUAAUGAUCCACAAAGCUCGCAUAGUAAUCGGCAUGCUGUCUGUGGAUUAUAUUACAGCUUUCCUACAAUUCCCGAAGAGUUUCAAGCAAAACUAUGUAAUAUAUUCGUAGCAGGUAUGAUUAAAAAGACUGAUAUAAAAACUGCAGGAUUCAAUAAGUUAUUGAAUGUUCUCGUAAAGAAAUUUAAAACUAUUGAAGAGGAAGGAAUCAUGUUCACAUUGAAUAACCAACCAACGUUAGUGCGGUUUGUGUUGUCUUUGGUACAAGGGGACAAUUUGGGGGUGCAUUCAUUGCUCCUUCUAUCUAGUGGUUUCAAUUCCACUUUCUAUUGUCGUUUCUGUAGGCGACCGAAGGAUUUACUUAAGACAGAUAUAAAAGAACACGCGGAUUGUAUGCGUCGUAAGCAUGAUUUUGAAGAAGACCUUGCAGCUAAUCGACAUUGUGAUACAGGUAUAUCAGGAAAUUCUAUAUUCAAUGAGUUACCAUCCUUUCACGUAGUGGAGAACAUAAGUGCAGAUGCAAUGCAUGAUAUGUAUAGUAAUGGAAUUUGCAAGUAU